AUGCCGCCAAAGCCCUCGCCAGAAGUAGAGCACCUCGCCGCAUUCUUCGCCCAGUGCGGCCUCUCGCAACAGCGCUCGCUCGAGACGGCCCGCUCAAAGACGGCACCCCAGGCUCACCGCCUCCUCCAGCUCGCCAACGCCGACAGCGACAACGACAACCACAGCCGCCUCGACGACAAGCAGAUCACCCUCGCACUCCAGCUCGCAAAGGACGCCCAGGCCCUCACCGACGACCUGCGCCUCUACAUCCUCGACGCCAUCCGCGACCGCCGACUCGCCAAAGCCGACCAGGUCGCGGCCGCCAUAAAGUACCUCACCGCCCACCCUGAGCAACCUGUCGACACGGCCAGCUUCAACGAGGCGUGCGGCGUCGGCUUCUCCAUCACGCCCGCCGAACUCGACACGCGCAUUCGCGCCUACGUCGCCGACAAGGCCGACGAGGUCAACAAGCUCGGCUGGGCCGGCUUCUCCAAGGUCAGCGGUCUCAUGCGCCAGGCCGACCCGCUCCGGUGGGUCGCCCCGCUCGACCUCAAGGGCGCCGCCGAGGCCGUCUACACCGACAUGUUCGGCAGCCGCGACGCGCACAAGCUCAAGGCCCAGCAGGCCGCCGACAAGGCCAAGAAGGACAACAAGGCCGCCAACGCGGCCGGCCCAAAGGCGUCCACCUCGGCCGUCCCGCUCCACGCCGAGUCGCCCGACGACAUGUUUGCCCAGGGCUGGCUCUCGCGCCUCCACAAGCCCGGCGGCAACGAGCAGAAGAUCCCCGAGCGCAUGCAGGAGCACCUCGCGUGGACCAAGGGCAAGGUUUUUACCCGCUUCCCGCCCGAGCCCAACGGCUUCCUCCACAUCGGGCACUCGAAGGCCAUCGCCGUCAACUUUGGGUUCGCCAAGUACCACAAGGGCCACUGCUACCUGCGCUACGACGACACCAACCCCGAGGCCGAGGAGCAGAUCUACUUCGACAAGAUCCUCGAGAACGUGCGCUGGCUCGGGUACGAGCCGUACCAGGUCACGCACUCGAGCGACCACUUUGCCGAGCUGUACGACCUCGCCGUCCUCCUCAUCAAGAAGGGCUUUGCCUACACGAGCAACGACACGGCCGAGGAGAUCUCGGCCCAGCGCGGCGGCAAGGACCACGGCCCUCGGCACGACUCGAAGGACCGCAGCAAGCCCGUCGACCAGUCGCUGCGCGAGUUUGCCGACAUGCGCGCCGGCAAGUACAAGCCGGGCGAGAUGGUGCUCCGCAUGAAGCAGGACAUGUCGAGCUCGAACCCGACCAUGUGGGACAUCAUCGCGUACCGCGUCCUGGGCAAGCCGCACCACCGCACCGGCACCGAGUGGGCCAUCUACCCGACGUACGACUUCACCCACUGCCUGUGCGACUCGUUCGAGAACAUCUCGCACUCGCUCUGCACGACCGAGUUCAUCGGCGCGCGCACGGCGUACGAGUGGCUGUGCGACGCGCUCGAGGUGUACAAGCCGCGCCAGAGCGAGUACGGCCGCCUGACGCUCGAGGGCGCCAUCACGAGCAAGCGCAAGCUCCUCAAGCUCGUCAAGGAGAACUACGUCAACGGGUGGGACGACCCUCGGCUGUACACGCUCGUCGCGCUCAAGCGUCGCGGCGUGCCCCCUGCCGCCAUCAUCUCGUUCGUGUCCAACCUCGGCGUGUCGACCUCGCCGUCGCUCGUCCAGCUGCAGCGGUUCGAGCAGACGGUGCGCUCGCACCUCGAGAUGUCGACGCCGCGCCUCAACCUCGUCCUGCGCCCGAUCAAGGUCACGCUCGAGAACCUGCCCGCCGACUUCCAGCUGUCGCUCGACAAGCCCCUGCACCCCAAGGACCCGUCGAUGGGCACCAUCGCCGUCCCCUUCUCGCGCGAGCUCGUCAUCGACUCGGACGACUUCCGCGCCGAGCCGUCCAAGGACUUUUUCCGCCUCGCUCCCGGCGCCACGGUCGGCCUGUUGAACGUGCCGCGCCCGGUCACGUACGUCCGCCACGAGACGGACCCGGCGACGGGCGCCGUCACGCACGUCGUGUGCCGGUACGAGGACGAGGCGCUCGGCGAGCAGCCGCUCGCGCCCGGGUUCAAGCCCAAGGGCUGGAUCCACUGGGUGUCGGCGCCGCACGCCGUCGCCGUGCGCGAGGCGCGCCUGUUCCGGCGCCUGUUCAAGUCGGACAACCCGGGCGCGCUCGGCGACAAGUACCUCGACGACCUCAACCCGGACUCGCUCGAGGUCGUCAAGGGCGCCGUCGUCGAGAGCGCCGUGUGGCGCGUCGUGCGCGACUCGCUCUCGCGCGCCAAGGACGUCGUCCGCCAGCGCCAGGACGAGGCGACCCGCAACAGGACCGAGGCGCCGCCGAGCGUCGACGGCCUCGAGGUUGUCCGCUUCCAGGCCAACCGCGUCGCCUACUUCUGCCUCGACGGCGACUCGGUCCUCCAGGACGAGAGCGGCGAGGUCGACGGCGGCAAGCUCGUGCUCAACCUGAUCGCCAACCUCAAGGAGGACAAGCUCAAGGCCAAGUAGAUCCUCCCUCUUCUCCCUUAGAUGCCGUUUCUCUCUCUCUCUCUUUGUGUGUAACGAGCAUGUUCAGCGUCGCC